CUAUGCGCAAUUGCUCAAGUAUGACGUUGUAGUGGGCGGUGGUCGUGACGGUGGCGUAGGGGUUGGUGGAUUUCUCCUAUGAGACUAGGUGGCAACUCCUACAAUACAGGUAGAUACGGUCUUGGUUGCGACUCCGUGGUCACGCAGGUGGCCAUUUAGCCAUUGCCGACCUGGUUCAGCGACCUCGGAACAUCCAGAGGAGGCAACGUGAUGGGCUUUGAUAACUGGUUGACCGAUGCUGGAAUCCUUUGGUUGACCCAGGCAAGAGUCAAGACGGAAGAACAAGAAGCAAUCGCCCGAGUGCUUCUCAGCACCCAGGCCGCUGAAAUUGAAGACUUGGCCAAAUCGCUUGGCGCUGAUCUGGGUUGGCGUUGUCUCAACUACGCGGAUGCUAGCCAUGAUCCGCUAUCAAGCUAUGGGAGCUGCGCAUCCCCAAUUCAUUCGUGAUGUCGCAACUUAGUAUGAUCCUGAUGGUGUAUUUCAAGCGCGGGUUCCUGAUGGCUUUAAG